AUGAGAAAAGAUUCAGAACCACCUAUUGCUUAUAAAUUUGAUAAAACAAAGCUGAAAAUGUUUCCUUAUAAAUGUAGUGUUAACAUUUCCACUCAAAUGACAUGUUAUGCGCUUCCUGGUAAUACAGAUCCAAUGGAUUAUUUAACAAAUAUUGCCAAUAAUUACUGGACAGAUAUAUCAUAUUGUGAUAAAAGUGGAUGCCCAGAUCCACAGAACCAAAAUCAAGAUUCCUCAACAACAAUUGAAUGGGUGUAUUGCAAAACAGGGCAUCAUUGGUUUCAUAUACAGUGUAUGGGGCUUGAUGUUUGCGAUAUAACGGAAAAUUCAUACAUUUGCCCAUCCUGUAGAGUGUAA